UCCACUAAUUAAGAAGGGCCGUUCCGGAAUCCGGAUGCCGCUCUAAUCAUUGCUUUGUCCGCCCGUCCCUUCAUUGCAUUCUUUCGUUCUCUUCCUAUUCCUCAAUCGGAUAGCCCUAAAAGAGCCCCAGCUGAAUCCUUUCUCCGCAGAUCUCUUUGAGCCAAUGCAAGGAGGAGGAAGAGGCGGCACAGGCGAGCCGCAGAGCAGCUGCCGGAGCGACGAUGUGAUCCGGCUGGAGCGCGAAUCCGUCAUUCCCAUCCUCAAGCCUAAGUUAGUCAUGAGGCUCGCCGAUCUCAUUGAGCACGUUUCUGAUCGGACAGAAUUUUUGAAGCUUAGUAAGAGAAUUGAGUACACUAUUAGAGCUUGGUAUCUUCUUCAGUUUGAAGACCUGAUGCAACUGUAUUCCCUGUUUGAUCCUGUUCAUGGUGACAAGAGAUUGGAGCAGCAGAAUUUAACAUCUGAAGAAAUUAAUAUUCUUGAGCAAAAUUUCUUGACAUAUUUCUUUCAGGUAAUGGAAAAGAGCAAUUUCAAAAUAGUAACUGACGAGGAAAUUGAUGUCGCACAUAGUGGACAGUACUUGUUGAACCUACCAAUCAAAGUCGAUGAGUCCAAGCUCGACAAACAUCUUUUAUCAAGGUAUUUUAAAGAGCACCAUCAUGAUAAUCUUCCAGAAUUUUCAGACAAGUAUGUAAUUUUUCGUCGUGGCAUUGGAAUAGAUCAAACAACUGAUUACUUUGUAAUGGAGAAACUUGAUAUGAUCAUUUCCCGUAUUUGGAUGUGGUUCCUUAAGAAAACAAGGUUGCAAUUUCUGUUUACCAAAAGGGCAGACAAAAGGCCACAGAGUAAUCCCAAAAAAACAGAUGAACCUAAUUCUGAAACAGAAGAGUUGUUUGUUGAACGAAUUAGGAUUGAAAAAUUGGAACUGAGCAUGCGAAAUUUGUUUGGGAAGAUUAUGAUACAGGAGCCUACUUUUGAUAGGAUGAUUGUUGUCUAUAGACGGGCUGGUGACAAGGACAAGAUGGACCGAGGAAUUUUUGUGAAGCACUACAAGACUAUACCUAUGGCAGAUAUGGAACUAGUUUUGCCUGAAAAGAAAAAUCCAGGUUUAACACCUAUGGAUUGGGUCAAAUUUCUUGUUUCUGUCAUAAUUGGACUUGUUACUCUUGUUAGUUCUCUUGAAAUGCCCAAAGCUGAUAUAUGGGUUGUUAUUGCUGUCCUCUCUGGUGUUGUUGGUUAUUGUGCUAAGGUCUAUUUUUCGUUUCAGCAAAACAUGGAGACUUACAGGAACUUAAUCACCCAGUCAAUGUAUGACAAACAAUUGGAUAGUGGGAGAGGCACACUAUUACACUUGUGUGACGAUGUGAUCCAACAAGAAGUCAAAGAGGUUAUAGUUUCUUAUUUUAUUUUGAUGGAGCAAGGGAAGGCUACAAUGCAGGAUCUCGACAUUCGGUGCGAAGAACUCAUUGAGGAAGAAUUCGGAAUGAAAUGCAAUUUCGAGGUUCUAGAUGCUGUCCAAAAGUUGGAGAGACUUGGAAUUGUUUCUAGAGACUCUAUCGGAAGGAUAUUCUGCCUUCCACUGAAACGAGCCAAUGAGAUAAUAGGUCCCACUACAGAAGAGUUGGUAAUAAAAGCCACUCAAAGUCAAGAUUAAUGUGUCCGGAUUCUGGUCUUAGAUUUUCUGAAAAGAUUCCGUCAUGGAGAUUCACCCCAUUGGAGGCGCAUGUUGCUGGAUUCCCAUUGAUGGAUUUUACAGAAGUCGCAGGCUAUUCAAACUGUUUGGUGAUCUAUAGAGAACAUUAAUUGUUGAUUGAGGCAUUCAGUUUCAGUAAGGAUUAAUUAAUUAAUUAAUUUUUUUGUCAUUGGAAAUAUGGUUACCUUUUAUUGCUCACAAAAGUACCAAUUUA